CCACCACCAAGCCCACGACUUCAACGACAGUACGACUGUCGACCUCGGACACUUGCAUGAUACCUUCCAAAUGCUGAACAGCUUUCUAUGCUGACCUAUCAUGGCAUUCAUGACUGCCCCUGAUGCACUCCCGUCAGAUCCAUCUCCCCACCGAAAUCGUGGUGGAGAUUAUCUCCUUCGCCGCCGCAGAUGAUGCCCGCCGCCAGUCCACCCUCCACGCCUGUUGCCUCGUCUCGCGCCAGUGGUACUCAGUUGCCAUCCCCUAUCUCUACGAGAAGCCGCGGGUGACUGCAGGAACGGCUUUCAAGAGUUUCACAGAUACAAUUAGCCCACCAAUCGGGGCACGCAAGAACAAGAUACACCUGGGCAGUCUAGUUCACAGACUGGACCUCAGUGGCCUUGUCUAUCAUAGCUCCAACAGCCUAACAGCACGACUGUUAGGCCGGGUAAAGGAGAACUUAGAAGUUUUCCUUGCCCCACGAGUUUCCUUUGCUAUCAACAGCCUUCCAGCUCUCUCCAAAUGCACCAGCCUCAAACACCUUGAUCUCUCCCUAGUGGGCGAGCAGAUCCCCUUUCCCAACCUUAAGAAAGCUCUCAGCAACCUCUCCAGACUUACCACCCUCCGUCUCCCUCGCACAACAACACUCACCAGCCACAGCGACUCUGCAGCAACAACAGACUGGCCCCCUAACCUCCACCGACUUCAAUUCAGCGGCCAUUUCCGCCCCCUUGUCAUCUCCAACUUUUCCUGGCCCCGCACAUUGACCUCCCUGACCCUCAAGAACUGCAUUGACCUCUCCGUCUCCAACCUCGGCAGCCUCAUGAGCAACCCUCAACUAGCCACCCUGAAGCGCUUCACCAUCUCCGGCUCAAAUCGUGGUCUCCAACCUGAAUCCAUCAACGCCAUUCCCGUUUUCCUUCCCGAAUUAAACUCCCUCAGUGUCCCCGGUGACUUGGUCAAUGAUUCUUUCUUCGAUAUUGUGAGCCACAUGCACCCGCCGCUACCGCUCGAGGUGCUCGAGUUCGGAUUCCCCAGCAUAGAUGCUAGUGUGAGCUUUAGCACAAGCUCGUUGACCACAGCAAUGGAAUACGGCCUAGCGAAUCUCCGCUCGGUGGGCUUCCACGAGGUAUUCUGUACAAACAAGCGGAUCUUGGAAGACGAGGAAAUUGAUGAUCUAAUCUAUAACCGGUUUGCGAAGGCAAACCAGCCACAGUCGGAAUCCCUUCAGAAUGGGAUAGAGAAGAGUGACUUGUCGGACCCAACGAUUGGCGUUUAUUAUAUAUGAAUGGUUCCACAUUAGCAUUGCAUGCGUCCGUUAUAUUCAGACACAGGGUGUUUGUUAUCAAGAUUUCCACAUAUGCUUUACUGCUGAUAGAUAUGCUCGCUUGGCUCUCUUUGUUUACAUUGCCUGGCUUUUUUUUUUUUUUUUUUUUU